AUUAAUAUCGGCCUAAAAUUUCAUCAAUGCUGGCAGUGAAAAAAUCUACAGAUCCAACCCUAUAUAAGAGAUCUGUAACGGAUCUGAUUUCAUUAUCAACUUCGAGCCGUCGAAUAUAAACAUUACCAUCAAAUAAUGAUGCAGAUCAAGUACUUGUUCGCCCUUAUCGCCGUCCUGAUGCUGGUCGUCCUGGGAGCCAACGAGGCCGAGGCCGAUUGCCUCUCUGGCAGAUAUCGUGGUCCCUGCGCCGUUUGGGACAAUGAGACCUGCCGACGCGUUUGCCGGGAGGAAGGAGGAGGCCGGGUCAGUGGACACUGCAGCGCUCGCCUCCAGUGCUGGUGCGAAGGAUGCUAGGGAAGGACAUGAAUAAUUACCCACUGAAUUUGGACCAGAACCUAAUCCUACUUAAUCACGAUAUUUAAAUAAAUUGAACUAUUUGAUGCAUCAAAAACUUACA